AUGCUCCGCGCCAGCAACGGCGCGGACUACAAGGAUGCCACAGCCACGGGUACGGACAAGUUCCGCAUCGCGCAGGAGGCGUUCCAGGCGCAGUGCCGCGCGGAGUCCAUGCGGAUCUGUGUGGCGAACUCGCUCAUGCCGACAAUCCAUUCCAUGAAGCUCCUCCUCUCCGACGAGGCCCAGAUCGCCAAGCGCCGCAAUCCCGAGCUGCGCAGCGUGCAGGCGGAUAAGACCGAUGCACAGUGGAAGGUCGCCGCCCUGCUCGACGAGCUGCUGCUCUCGCGCAAGCGCGAGGGCCAGCGCGAUCAGCGCAUGGACACGAGCUAA